AAAAAGAAUGCUAGCGUCCAGUGCAAGAUAACAAACCAGACAUUGUCUGAUCUGCUCAAGUCUUUCCAACUUUCGACAUGGAAGGAGGACAGGGAUUCGGUUAUUGGAAUGUUGGUCAGGCACCAGAAACUGGUCCCCAACCUGUUAUUCAACAGCCACAGCAGCCACCUCCCGGGGCAUAUCACUACCAACCCCCAGGAUAUCCACAACCAGUACACCAUCAACAGCAAACAAACACGACCGUUGUUAUCAACCAGGGGCGGGUUGGCCGACCCCCUCCCCGGGACUGGAGCUCCGGAAUCUGUGGGUGCUUUGAGGACAUGUCGUCUUGCUGUGCCGUUUACUGGUGUGGAAAUGGCUGCUACCCAUGUUACUUGUCGUCCAAACUCGACGAAAGCUGCUGCCUACCAUUCUGCCUGCCUUGUUAUCCAUGGCUGAUAGCCCUCCGUGUCAAAAUGAGGGCCGAAAAUAAUAUUCAGGGGUCCAUUAUGGGUGAUUGUUGUUACGUUUGCUGCUGUGCCUCCUGUGUGAUGUGCCAGCUAUCACGUGAACACGACUAUACAAUUGCAAAUCCACAGACCUAUUGAGAACGGACAUGUUGUUAUGGAUUGCUUCAUUCCUUUGAUGCGUAAUUGUGUGUACUUAAACUAUAAUCGCUGUCACACAUUAAACUCAUUAUUUCUAUAAA